GCCGACGGCCUCCUGUUCCUGACGGUGGCGAAGGUCGCGUUCAUCUCGGGCAUCCGCGUGGGCACGGGCCUCGUCGUCGCGCGGCUGCCGGACGGGUCGUGGUCCGCGCCGUGCGCGGUCGGGUCGUCGGGCUUCACCUUCGGCGCGGUCGUCGGCGCGGAGAUCACGGACAUGAUCACGGCCGUCGACGCCCAGGCGCUCGCGGAGCUCUACGACGCGCAGACGACGAAGCUCACGUUCGGCGGCGAGGCGUCGUUCGCCUUCGGGCCGCUGGGCCGCACGGCGACGGGCGAGGCCAUGGUGGCCACGGACGCGUCGACGGCGACGGCGACGGCCUACAGCCAGAGCCGGGGCUUCUACGGCGGCGUGACCGUCGACGCGUCGCACCUCCGCGUCCGCGACGACGUCAACCUCAAGUUCUACGGCAAGCCCGUGUCCGCGGCGGACCUCCUCCGGGGCGCCGAGCGCCAGCCCACGGCCGCCGCGCCGCUCUACGAGCAGCUCCACGCCUUC